AUGCAAUUUGAUGAAAAUGGAAAAGCUGUUAAACAAUACAUUGGAGAAGGUGAAAAUGGUCCAAUUAAUUCAUACCGUUAUAAUCCAUAUUCUUAUUUCAAUGAAGAAUUAAAUGCUAUUGAAGAGGGACCGGAUGGAUUACCACGAUAUUCUAACCAGUUUGAUGGUCAAUAUGCAAAUAUUAGACCUGAAAUUUCAGCUAAGAAAUUCUUUAAAGUUGCUUUAUUCGAUCCAGUUUUCGCAAAUGUUAAAGAUGAACUUAAACAGCAAUUCCAACCAAUUAUAGUAGCAAGAAUUGCAUCAGGUGCUUUAUCUCAAGCAUUCAAAGAUUUAAUUAAGAAACCAUUAUAUCAGCAACGUGGUUUAACUUAUGAUUUAGUUAAGGAAUCAGAUAAAAGAAAAUUUGAGAAAUCAGAUGAUUAUAAGAAUGCAAUUAAUGAAUAUAUUCGGUCUAUUAAUUUCGAUGAAAAUGCUAAAAAUCAACUUCAUGAACAAAUACAGGGAAUAAUAGAUUCAAAAGUUCCAGCAAAAUAA